AUGGCGCCUCCUCAACAUCAGAACUACGGAAAGGCAGACGUUAUCGUCGUUGGAGCCGGCUUCUCGGGUCUAGCAGCUGCGACGAGGCUGGUUUCUGCAGGAAAGUCGGUCAUCGUCCUCGAGGCUCGCGAUCGUGUCGGCGGCAAGGUCUAUGACAAAAAGGCCGCCAACGGAGCUCUGUUCGAGCUCGGGGCCGCCUACAUUGGUCCUUGUCAAGACCGAAUUCUGGCACUUGCAGCAGAACUUGGUAUCGGCACACAUCUAAACUACAGCGUCGGCCAGAGUGUCUAUUACAAUGCGGGAUCACGGGUGACCUACGACGCAGGUAACCUGCCCAUCGGCGCCGACGGUCUACAACAGCUGGGUGAGGCGGUUCAGGCCAUAGAUUCCAUGGCACUAAAGGUCGACGCGCGUGAACCCUGGAGUCACCACGAAGCUCGGUCCUGGGACUCGGUGACGCUGGCCUCGUGGAUCCAAUCCCGCAUCACGGACGCCAAUGCGUACAAGGUGUUCCAGGCGUCGAUCAGAGCCUUGAUGUCCGCAGAGCCCGAAGAUCUUUCCCUGUUACAAUUCGUCACGUAUGUCGGCCGGGCGGGCAACGAAAGGAACCCAGGAAACCUGGCCAGGUUGAUGGGAACCACGGACGGUGCACAAGAGCGUCGCCUGGUCGGCGGAACUCAGUUGAUCGCCCUUCGCCUGGCCGAGAAGUUGGGCAACCAAGUCAUCAAGCUGCGUUCCCCCGUCACCCGAAUCGACCUGCAAGACGGUGUUUACGAUGUCAGUGGUGCCAAUUUCCAUGCGCGGUCAACCAGCGUCGUCAUGGCCCUCGCUCCUCCCCUGGCGACGCGAAUCACCUACAGCCCUCCUCUACCCGCAGGUCGGGACCAGAUGAGUCAGCGUAUGCCCAUGGGGUCCCUGGGCAAGGCGAUCGCCACCUACGACCGACCCUUUUGGCGGGACGAAGGUCUCAAUGGCCACGCGGUGGGCAUCAACGGGUGUACGGUCCAGACGACCUUUGACGCCUCUCCCAACGACGGAACUUCCGGAGCGAUCAUUGGCUUUUUGGAGGCGAACGUGAUGCGGCGGCUCGACUCUGCCAGCGAAGAGGAUAUUCAAAAACUCGUCGUCGAGGACUUUGUCAACUUUUUCGGCCCCAAGGCGAGAAACGUCAAGGAAUGGAUCAUUUUCAGAUGGGACCUCGAGGAGUAUUCCAGGGGAGGUCACUUCGCCAUAUGCCCUCCGAAUGUCAUGACUCAGUUCGGCAAGACUAUUCGAGAGCGGGUGGGCAACUUGUAUUUCGCUGGAACCGAAGCGUCCCCUUACUGGGCUGGUUUCAUGGAGGGUGCUAUCCGAGCUGGAGAGAGUGCUGCUGACCAGAUUUGCCAAGCGGACCCAGAGACGACGACCACCUCGUCGAAGCUGUAG